AGAAUACGCGAAAACUGCAAUAUUAGAAAAUGUGCAAUAUGCAUGCGUAAAUUCGAAUUGAAAAUCCGAUUUUAAUCAAUUGAAAUAAGACUUUAACAAGUGCAAUACGCCCAUGCGUACGUACAAGUGCAGUUCACAAUAACACAAACAACUCGUGCGUUUUUCCAAGCGGCAGCAAAUUACGGCCAACAGCCAUGAAGAAGCGUAACUCGCGCUGCAAUUCGGAUACACAACAGAUGGAGAGCGAUGGCAACGACUUAAGCCUGUUGCAGCGACCCCUCCAAACUGCCCACACAGGCUUCGAGGAGGCCCGACGCGCCUACGAAAACGGAACCAGUGAGGUGCGUCGUCUGCUCAGCGAGGAAUGCAGCCUCAUCUAUGAGUGCAACGUGUGCCGCAAUAUGUUUCGCAGUUUGGCCAAUUUCAUUAGCCACAAACGUGUCUUCUGCUGCAUAAGCGCCCGUGUAACGAGCUAUAAUACUAGAUACGCAGAUCAAAACUCCACGAUGAUACUUCAGGCAGGAGCCUCACAGGAUAUUGAACACAUGCUGCGCAGUCGAAGCACAGGCUGUUCGCCGGUGCCUCGCGAGGCGCGUCCCAUGCGUGGCAGCAUGCGUGAUUUAAGUGGCGUCAUUGAACGCUUACGUCGCGAGAAAGCGCCUACUGCGGCAGGUAAGCAGCUGCCGCCAGUGCUGCAGCUGGAGUCGGUGCCGACAUCUAGUCACGCGGUCUACCAGACGAUAAAGCUCGAGCAAGAUGAUAGCAUUAAAACAGAGCUAAACGAAGUGCAUCUCAUGCUUAAUCCAGAGCAAACUAUCGUAGGACCCGAUGGCAAGGCGAUGAACCCACAUCAAUACGAGCGACCAAGUGGUAGCGAUUCGGCAGAAACACCUGAGCAGUCCGUCAGCGACGAAACGGAAACGAACAUUCUCUGCGAAAUAUGCAACUUGACUUUUCAGACGCAAAAGACACUGGAGCUGCACAUACAGAAGCAUCAUUCAUCGUCGGCGUUUGUGUUUCAGUGCCCAGCCUGCUCGCUUACUUUUCUGCAGGCAGCAGCUGUCAUACGUCACCUCUCCAAGGAUCACAAAAAACCAACUCGAAGAAUUCGCAUGAUGCGAAACACGAUCCUGAAACGCCGCAUGCAGCAGGGUGAUGUCCAGCCCAAGGGACCAAGUCGUGAACUAAAGCGUCUCCAGUUGUCUGAUGAUGUUGUCGGACAAGUGCCCGAGCGUACUAAUCCAAAUGGGGAACAGCGCAAGAUCAUGUCGCUGUGCAUUUACUGCGAGAAGUCGUUUGAGCGUCGUGCGGCGCUAUCUACGCAUCUGCUAAACUGUCGCGCCAAGCAAGAGGCGUUGGCCAAGCCAGCACCAGCCGUUAAGAAGCAAAAGGCCAUCUCAAAUGGUGGCAGUGGUUCCAAUCUGGAUAUGCUUGACGAGAGCCCCAGCUCAGUUGCAGUGGAUAUGCAGAGCAUUGACUCUACUGCGCUGAAUGAAAUGUUUGCCGGUCUGGCCGAGCAAAAUGAAAACUAUGCACCGGGGCUCCGUACCGUAUCGCUGGACAAGCUGCAGCUACAGCAGGAGAGUGAUUUAUCUAGCGAAGAGGCGUCCAACAGCGAAGACGAACAGGACGAACAGGAGGAGCGGGAGUUGGACGAACAGACCAGCGUUGACGAGACAAAAUCGAAAACAAAAAAGAAGCGCAAUGUGCCCAUUGAGAAACAGCUGCGCUGUCGUUGCAAGAUCUGCAAUAAGCAGUUCAACGCGCUCGGCAAUCUGCGACGCCACAUUUCCAUGUUCCAUUAUCGUGCUCGCCGUUUCGGCUGCACCAUAUGCGACUACCGCGCCUUUCGCCGUUACGACAUAGUCAAUCACCUGGGUUUCACACACAAAAUUGAGGGCGAUCGCGACAGGCUGACCGAGCAGUAUGUCUCCACGCAUGAGUGCGAGUACUCACGCGAUGAUGUCGAUGCUGAUAUUAUACUGUUAGAUAAGGAGCAGUCAGCGGAGUUGGAGCUAGCUGCCGAGCCAAAGCCGGCACCCAAAACCUAUGAGAGACGUAUGAAGCGCGUUAAAACAAUAACUGAGCCACCGCCAGAGAUUGCGCCCAGUUCGCCCAUAGCCGCAACCGCUGCCCCCGCCUUCGUCAUCAAGGAGGAACUAGAAGAGGAGCAAUUGCAACAGCCCGUGCCCAACAAAAAGCGUCGUAAGUCGCGCACGCAAAUUUCACCAGACACUGGCGAGCGCAGCGCCGAGAAACGACCCAUAAGGAAACGCGUUAAGGCCGUCAACAAAGAUUUUGUCUAUGAUCUUGUUAGUUUCAAGGCGGAUCCAUCUGGUGCACUGAACGCUGUUGAGUCGAUGCGAGCCAAACUGCGUCGCCAACCUGGCCAGGCUGUAGCCUGUGUGGAGUCCAAACCCAAGCAAUGGGAGCCCUAUAUAACCGAGGACAAGAAAUCCCUGGUGCGGGGCAUCACCCGUCGCAUAAUGCUAAAACUGGUCAGCGAAGGACGCGCAGUCUCUGCAACACUUCCGGAGCUGCCUGCCGAGCGACCGCAAAUCCGCCCGCGUCUCACUUCCUAUACGCGCAGCGAUUGUAGCCAGCAGAAUGUGGUGGACACAGCUCCAGCCAUCUCCGUUAGCGAGAGCUUUAUUGAGAGGAUUGCCAAGCGCACGGCAGCUGCCGGCAAGGAUGCAACCAUCACCAAUCUAUGGCAAAAGGUAAACAACGCCAUUGCGCAACAACAGAAGCCGGAAGUGCCGGAUGCGUUCGCCGUCGCCGAAGCGGAAGCGAUGCCUGAGCCCCAAGUGGAGUUAGACGCGCUGCACAAGACGCCUAACGGCAAGCACAGCCUUAGUACGGAGCUUCAGCUAACGCCGCCAUCGCCUCCGCGGAAAGGGAACGGGGCGAACAAUGCCCUGAAUACAUCCGCUAACUCAGACGUGGCAAUGCCUGCUUCGCCCUUGCCAGCCACCGUUGUGGAGUGCCUCAGCAGCAUGGAACCUCCAAUGGCAGCGAGUACGACCGCAAAGUUUCCAGCAUUACCAAAGCCACAAUCCGUACUGCAGGCAUCCGCCAACGGAACGAUCCAAUUGACAUUGGACAGCCUGUUGCGUGCCGCACUGCAGAACUGAACGGAUCGGUCGAACAUUCUGCGUUAGAGUUUGUUAUUAGCUGUUUUUGCUAAAUGUUAACUUGACCUCUCAUUUAAUGUUUAAUAUAGCAUGUAAUGUUUUGAACUGGUGUCCUUAUUGUAUACUCCCAUGUUUUUUCGCAUCUGUGCGUUUCCAUAUCCAUUUUAUGUUAAUGUGAUGAAAACUUGAGUAUUACACAGCUUCAAUAACCAAAUGAAAAAUUAAAACCCGUAGCAUAAUUUUUGGCAACUAGCUAAUAUAAGACGCUUUAACUCAAGUUAAAAUGGCAUUUUAAAACAUGUUUUAGUGAAAUUUGUCUAUCUAGUUUAUAGUGCAAGUAUGUAUACGAAGUUAUAUAAAAUCAAAACCGACUCAAGGAAUAGGUAGAGUCCUGCUUGUUCGUGUCGCGAAAGGCAUCUGGACACCUAACUAAAUGGGUUACAAUAGCCAAGCGAUUGUAUAUAAAAGAGGAACUACUUGCAAGUCUGUGCACAUGAUCCUCUGCAUACAUAUUUUGUAAACUCGUUGUUCAGUGUAAUAAGUAAAUGAAUGUUGUACAAGAUAGAGCCUUAAAUGAAAUCACCAAAUGAUAAU